AUGGCCCCAAAGAUCAGAGAGGACUUGGUUGUCCCAUAUAAGCAUGUUGCUGCUAAAAAGAGAUCCGAAGCUUCGGGUAUGAUCGCCCAAUCGUUGCCCAUGGCCGCCAUGUUCAUGAGAAACAAGUUAUUGUCGUGGUCCGCCUUCUUCUUGGCCGUCCAAUCGUACUUGAACGAACCUAUCAACGCCCCCUCUGACGACUCUGUCCAGCAGCCUCCACUUUUGAGAAUCGUGUUUGCCGUUAUCUCCAUGCUUACCUGUUACAUGGACAUCGUGUUUCCAAACUCUUCUCCACAGGCCAAACGUUCAUUUCUCCAAAAUGCAGCUGAAACUGCCACUGCUGCUGCCGCCACCGCUACCAGUUAG